AUGAUUCGUCCAGUGAUAGUAUUCCUCGCGCUCGCCGCCCUACACCUCGCCGCCGCCGACCCGCCUCGGCCUCGCCUCAUUGACUUCAACCCUUUCGCAUGGCUACCCACCAACCGGAACCGAUCCCCGUCAAUCAUGGAUUACUUCUUCCCGCCGUCCCGAACUCCUAAGCAAUCUAGUCUAGAGCCACCGGCCGAUCGCACACCCCCUCAGACCACUGUCACCCAAACCACCCUAGAUAACACCCCCGCCCCGACCACAUUUACCGAGGAACGACCUACGACACUCGCGAGAAAAGUUUCCACCAAAACGAAAUCUACCGUUCCCGCGACCGCGACAAUUCCGCCAAAAACGAAAAAGGUUACACGCAAACCUACCACGGUCGACACGACUUUGGAAACAAAAACGACGCAAACCACUAAAAUUCAGACUCCGGCGCCGACCGUUAAAGUCACGACCGUACCUUCGACUUAUCGUCCUACGAAACAUUACACGAUCAGGCCGGUGGUGAGGACGACUGAGACGCCGACCGUUCAGGACACGGAUACCACGAGUGACAGCACCGAGACAGUUUCCGAUUUUGAUACAUCGGGAACCACCGUGGUGGAUCCUAAAGAAACAGUGUCAACGUCAAGCACCGCGGAUGAAACAAAAUCUACAGACGCCCUUACAGCGACAGCCAGCACGUCAACCAUGGAAUCUACGACCCCGACGGACAGCACCGCUGAACCAGCCGACAGCCGGGAAGGAUAUCUACCCUUGAGGGAUAAACCGCAGCAGACGCACGUUAAAAUCAACGAGCAAACGAAGAAAGAGACGGUGCCAUUGCCUGCGGGUUCCACGUCUGUACUGGCGAAACCCACGAAGUACCACUACUAUCCACACAAUCAACACAUAUAUUUGCUUCCUGAAUGUGCCAUUCAACAGGUAUGCAAUGCAGUAUACGUGCGUCUUAACUACACGCAGCCGUUAUGCGCGUGCCCGGCGAGGUACCGCGACCCGUGCUCGGCAAGUCUCAACGCCGACGAUUUGCAUACCACACGACUUACAACAGAUUCCAAGAAGAAGUACGCAUCAAAAGCCGUGACCCUAGUGAAGACUUGCGAGGCAGUGUCGGAGAUGCGAGAAUGUCGGGCACCAAGAGACUGGUCCUUAUUGGCUCUCCAGAACAUCAGGACCGGGAAAUCUCACUAUCUGGUCAUUUGUAGGUGUCCGGAGAACCAUAUACUUGAAGGACCAAUGUCUCACGAUCAACCAACGUACGCGUCAGUACCGGGGAUCAGAGUCUACGGGAUGGUCUGUGUUCGCCCUACCACGCCUUACAAUUCAGGUUACAACCCAAAUAAAUUCACGACCGUCCAAAGCUCGACCAGCGCCUACAAAGUGGACUACUCCCAACCGCACGCGUACCCAGACAAGCCAGUUUACAACCGGUUUCAUACAUAUCCUGAAUCGUCGUACUAUAACAGGAGAUCAAGAGUGGCGCGUAUGAGGCGGGCUGCGUCUCGCAACCCACCAUUCCCUUGGUAUAAAGUUAAGGAGUUAGCGCGGUCAUUGCAUUGGAUUUAAUAUAGGAUAAGGCCCUCAUGUAACGUGGAAAGCGCUGGUUCGUAACAUAGACUUAAGCUAUAGGUACGCUUAUUGUGAAUAUCUGCAUAUCGCAAAACACACAUGGAGCGUUCAAUUUGAUAUGGUUUGUGUUAAAAUGAUGAAAUCGACAUGAUUUGUCCUUGUCGAUUUCAAUCAGAUCUAUUCAAACUAUAAAAUUUUAGUACACACACCAGAACAAUAUCGAGAAACGAAACAUAAAAAAAAUAUACUGCGGUCUACCCUUAAAUUCUUUUAUUUAAGAAACAAAAGCUUCACCGCCGUUACGCGAACAUCCCGCUCAUGUUUUCAGUGUGUUUUACGGUUUAUGAUUUCAUAUAACUGAACGACAGCGUUUUCGAUGGAGGGGAGCGAAGAACUUUGUUGGGUUCAAUGAGGCUUUAUUGUAAUCAAAAUCCGCCUGUUUGAAUUCAACGCUGAGUUGUGAAGAUUAAGCUGAAUAGAGGUGGAUACUAACUGAACUACUAAACAGGAUAGAAAAACAACUAAAAGAAAAGACUGACUAAUGAAAUGCCAAUACGCAUAAUUUAUUUAAUGACAAGAUGAAUCAGUGUGUAAUCCAUAAAUAAUAUCAUAUUUAGCAAGCUAUAAGUUAUAAUCUGAUUCGGAAAUUCGUAAAAUUCGGUUUCCUAACAAAAUUUUAAAUCAUAUAGGUACAGUGAGUACUCACCUUUAUGUUCUGAAACGCUUCGCUUAAUCAACACAUCGGAAUAGCAUAAUAAAGUGAAUACUAAUCCUUCCCAAUCUAAACUCGUAUUUAGUUUGAUGAAAGUUUCCGUUCUUAUUACUCAGCGAAUUAUUUUAAGCUGCUAUAAGUAUAUUCCUAGAUAAUUUUCACAUUUCAAAGCGUCUACUGACAGUGUUAAAUUAAUGAUAAAAAAAAUAUGGUCAGCAUAAUUAUGUUAAAUUGUAAAAAAAUGUUUCUUUUAAAAAUGAUCGAUAUUAGUUUAGAUAACCCGAGAAGAGGUUACAAAUUAUAAAUUCUGUGACAAUAAAAUAAUAUUUGACCAGUUACAAUUGUAACGAGUAUUAAGUUAAAAUAUCGUAAAUAGGCUUUCAUUAAUAACAUGAUAUCACUUUAUAACUUUAUAUUCUUAUCUGUCAGAUAGUCGUAACCAUGCCUAAACUAGAUUAAGAAAAUUAAAAAAAAUUAUACGAUUAAAAACGAUUCCCCACCAAGGAACGGCGUAUGUUUAAAUCAAAAAUAAAUAUGAUUAAUUAGAAUGUACACAAAACAAUGUGAUAAGUGUCAGUGGAUUUUUGUGUAAUUUUCGAUGCAUUUAUAGCUGGUUAAGAUUUAGUUUAUAAU